CUACUACAUCCCCCAGAAUGCUGUUGUAAAGCGAAAAUGUAAUCCUUGACCCGGAAGUGUACUAUAACAAUAUUUACGUCCUGCAGCGAAGUUUGAACCUUAAUUGGUUGAAUAUCUAUUUUAAACAAAGUAUACAUCAAGACUCACUAUAAUCCAAGUAUCCGGACGGUGACAUAUAUGGUAAACGACCCAUACACCAACGAAACUGGCACCACCACUACCCGUCACCAUGCCCGCUUUGCUGGAGAGACCGAAGCUGUCCAACGCGAUGGCCCGAGCCCUUCAUAAACACAUCAUGAGGGAAAGGGAGCGUAAGAGACAAGAGGAAGAGGAGGUGGACAAAAUGAUGGAGCAGAAGAUGAAGGAGGAGGAGGAGAGAAAACGAACAAAAGAAAUAGAAGAGAGGAUGUCACUGGAGGAAACCAAAGAGCAGGUGAUGAAGAUGGGCGAGAAGCUGCAGGGCCUUCAGGAAGAGAAGCACCAGCUCUUCCUGCAGCUGAAGAAGGUGCUCCACGAGGAGGAGAAGCGACGCAGGAAGGAGCAGAGGUAUGACAUCACAACACUGACCUCCGCCAGCUACCAGCCCAGUCUGCCCAUGCAUUCAGGGCAGCACCUCCUCAGCAUUCAAGGCAGUCCAGCCAGCCAUAAUAGACCCGGGGCCUUGCUGGGCGAACGCAGUAAACAGCUCUUUCCAACACCUGUGAUCCCUGGACGCCACUACCAGAGCCAGCCUGGGUUCAGCGCCGGCCCGGCAGAACACGGCCAGUUCAGCGGGAGCCAGGGGGUGCACGAGCCGUACAGCGUGUCCCAGUCCCAGCACCCCUCCAGCUACGCCCCCGGGCCCUCCUCCGUCCCCGUCAGCUUCGCCGGCAGCUCCACCAUCAGAGGUGCGUCUGCGUUCCAGGCCAUGCAGUACCUACCCCACCAGCAGCCCGGCUACCCGGUCCACAGCCACUUCACCUCCCAGCCCGGCUUCAUCCCUGGAGCUGGUAUAUCCCUACAGAAGCAGCUCGAACACGCCAACCAACAGUCAGGCUUCACUGAUGCCGGAGCCCUGAGGCCCAUGCACCCCCAGGCCCUCCACGCCACUGCCUCCGGCCUGCUGCCUACGCCGUCGAUGGCGGUCCAAAUCCCAAGCGCCAAGGCGCCAUUCCAGGGCUCUCCCCAGGCCGCUCCUCGCCACGCCUUCCUCUCCCACCCCCAGGGAACACAGAGGUUCUAUCACCACGGCAAGUAGUCCACCCCCUCCGGAGAUCCAGACGCCGGCCCGAUGAGCUAAAAACGGACACGUCUGAGGGGGGGCUCAUGUCCCCCACGGAUGAGUUUAGUCCGUCAGCAAACAAUGCUCGUUUCUCCUUUUUAAUAUCUUCUCAUCAAGAGUCGGUUGUCACCUUUACUCGUUUUAAUUUUGUUGAAAAUGUCCCGUUGCCGUUUCCCCGUUUACUGUUAGAGACGUGGCUUUUGUAUUUGAGCGAUAUUUCGUGCUAAACGCCAACGAAACGACGUCGUAUCUCUUGCCCCCCGCUUUGAAAUAAAAGAACCAAACCACAGUAACAAUUUGCAUGGUCUUUAAUUUCGGCUGGGGAGACAUUCUGCACAGUUGGGACAUUUCUACGAACAGUCAGGAUACCAAAACGCCACGACACUUCACUCACUAAUGAAUCCUAGCACAAAGUUAGAACACAUCAGGACACACUUGGUUCCUUUUCGACGAAUGUGGUCCCGUCUUUCCUCCAACCUGUUCCGGUCGCGCCCCAUUUAAGGCCGUUUCAAAGCAAUAGAUAACGAUAAUGAUGACUGGGUCCUCGUGCGAGGGGUGCCCGGUACGUUUUACGAGGCGCGCUUUGAACACCCACCAUGCUGUUUAUCUCUAAAGACACCUGGUUCUGCUGUUUCAAGUGGGUUUAUUUUUAAUAGACAGGGCGAUAUACAAGUGAAGAAACAAGACAAGAAAUGCAAAGCAAAAAAACACACAACAUCCACUUUGAAGGACACAAUGUUGAUUCCGCAGGUUGGCAUAUUAGUUUAUCGCUGUGCACUCGAAUGUACUCCAACGAAAAUACAAAAACAGAACUAAUCAGAGCCCUUGAUAAAUCGGGGACCAAUUGAAACAAAUGUUUUUACUGUCAUGACAUUGUCAUAUGCGUAAGUGUAAAGGAGACAAGGAAGUAUAAAGGAAUGGAGAAUUAGUGGGCCGGGAGGCAGUCCCCCCAGUGCCUCUCCCCAGGUUCACAUCCAUCUUAUCUGCCCCUGAAACAAAGUGGGAAGUUUAAGGAGGUGAGGGAGGGUCACUGCCGGGUUAACUGCAAAUUAGGAUAAACAGGUAGUAGUAGUAAUGCUAAUCCUAAAUUAAUCAAGUGCUUUAAGACCCCCAAAGCGUUUUACAUGUCGCGGUUCAGAGGGGUAUGAACACUAUGAUCAAAUGUCUGGCUCUCUUCUGGUUGGCUUGUCCCCCCCCCCAGCUACGAAACCGGUUGGACAACAGUGUUUCCCACAGACCAGGUAGCAAUGUCAGGCGGGGCGGGGGGGGGGGGGUUAGGACGUGGACUGCUGACGGGGGUUAGCCCCGUCAGGGCGAGGCAAGACAUGUCCGCUGCGCGCUGGAGUCCUGUUCGACCUGUCGGGGCUCAUUUUCCUGAUAAUGACCGGCGUUCUACACAUUUUCCCUUACAUAUCCCGCUGCUUCGGGUCUGCCUUUGAAGGCGCGUUGAGAGGAGGAGCGUCAGUGUGUGUGCAUGUAUGAUACGCGGGUUUAUCCAAUCAGUGGUAGUGUACCCGCGCACCAUUGGCAUGUAUGCGCGCUUGUCUCUGUGUGCGUGUGUGAACGAGAACGACAGGGAGAAAGAGUGCUAUGCGGAGAUGAAUGAACGGAACGAUAUUUAUUUUUAUUUAUUUAUUUUUCAAAAUCACAAAAAAAAAAAAAAAAAGCUGAAUCAAUUUGUGGCGCUCGGUGUUGAUUCUGACAUUGGUCUAUGUUUCGGAAACACUGGACAAGGAAAGCCAAAGCGUAGUCAUAGGUUUAACUCUCUCUGAUCGAGGGGCGGCAGGGGGACAUAUACACGGCUGGGUGCAGAUACUUAUGGAGCUCUGUAGAUUUACCUGCGGUUGCCAUUUAUUCGUUCAGAACCUUGGUGCCGACAGCGGCCUCUUCCCCCAUUGCGGUCUGAAUGGUGACC